UUCCCUCUCAUGAGCGGCUCGGAAUCACUCCUCUCCGCUAAUGAUGUGGCGGAUUUAUUCAAGUUGGUACUCACUGCUCAGACUUCGGUAUUCUCGCGGAUGCGGUCUUCAAUCUCCGCAAGCGGCCACGGGACUCUGCUUCCCAGCCUGGUGUAACACACCGUCUUGAACGGGAACAAGUCGGAUUAUAUACAAGGACCAUCUUGGGCUAAACUUCUCAACCGCGUGUUUCGCCCCAGAAUAUAGAGGUACCGCCGAUUAUCAAUUCGAAGCGCGUAUGCUAUGUCAUGCCUCAUGUUUGAUCUUUCCCUGCGAGUGCCACUGCCGCCCGAAUAAAACGAGCUGGCGUAUAAGACACAGAUUGAAAAAUUUCCCCAGGGCGGCAUCUCGACCGUCCGUCCCCUAGGUCUGAUCACUGCCAUGCCCUUCACGACGUCACGACCUUUUCAUCAGAUCUUCACGAAUGUACUGAAACGAUUUUCACAGAGAAACCUAAGACCCUCGUCUACUCUUACGAAUCUUCAACCCAAACCGAUCACGAACACCCUCCAUCCAAGCUACCUGCAAACCACGCAGUCUGGUUUCCGGUAUGCCUUGCUAGCUGGUGGAAUAUCGUUUUCCGUUGCACUGGCAGGGAUCGUCCACGCUACUCGUGACAACCCUGAUUUUCCAGGGGCUAUUGGAGCCCUGUUGCAAGAAUUCCAUGAGCGGAGUAUUGUGUCGACGGACCCACAGGAGUUGUAUGCAUAUGCGCAAUCGUCCUAUAGCCAAACUCCUGUACCGAAGGACGUAGUGAAGGUGGUGAAUAUAUCACGGAAGCAUUUAGUACCCAUCGUUCCGUACUCGGGCGGGACCAGCUUGGAGGGAAACUUCCCUUGUUCUGGUUCCAUUUGCGUAGAUCUGUCUGGGAUGGACAAGAUUCUCGCCAUUAACGAAUCGGAUGCCGACGUCGUUUGUCAAGCUGGCGUCACGUGGAACGAUCUUAACGAAACGCUACGGGAAAAAGGAAUUCCGCUCUUCUUUCCACUUGACCCAGGUAGAGAUGCUACGAUAGGUGGCAUGAUAUCUACUGGGUGCUCCGGAACAAAUGCAGUCAAGUAUGGAACUGCAAGAGGUGAAUGGAUUUUGAACGCUACCGUUGUGUUACCUUCUGGAGAGGUCAUAAAAACACGGCAGCGAGCUAGAAAGUCCUCGGCAGGUUUCGAUCUCACGAAAUUGUUCAUCGGAGCAGAGGGCACGCUCGGCAUUGUCACGGAGGCGACUUUACGGCUGGCUCCUCUAUUACCUACCCGAGUUGCUGUUGUACAAUUCCCCGAUGUCUGGCGCGCCACGAAUGCUGUAUGUGAUAUCCUCAACCGAGGGGUGGCUAUGCAAUGUGUGGAAAUCAUCGAUGAACUGGGUAUCAAAACACUGAACGCGUUCGGAACGUCCGAUAAGGUAUGGCCAGAGAAAGUUACUCUGUUCUUUAAGUUCCAGGGGGCAGAAGACGUUAUUCGCAACAACUCCAACCUCACGGCGAAGGUCAUGGCUCAACACGAAGCGUCAGACUACCGGCUAGCUGAAAAUGAGGAGGAAGGCGAAUUGAUCUGGCAAGACCGCCGGAAUGCGCUGUUCGCCGGACUUGCGUAUCUGCCCGGAUGUAAAGGGUGGAUAACUGACGUCUGUGUCCCUGUGUCCAGGCUGCCCGACCUCAUCCAUGCCGCCAAGAAGGACUUCGAGGAGUUAGGCCUCGUUGCCCCUAUCGCCGGACAUGUCGGAGAUGGCAAUUUCCAUGCUCUGGUGUUGUACAGGAAUGAAGCCGAACUUGUACUUGUUCGUGAAGCUGUGAGCCGAAUAAACCGCAAGGCCAUCGAAUUAGAAGGCACAUGCACCGGUGAGCAUGGAGUCGGCACGGGGAAGCGCGAAUAUCUCUUGUCAGAAUUGGGACAAGGGACUGUCAGUCUCAUGAGAAUGAUUAAGCAAACCAUUGAUCCACACAACUUAUUUAACCCUGGUAAGCUGUAUCCUGAACCUGUUUUGGCCAGCCCAUCCUCUCCAACUGUUGUAUCGUCCAUGUAAUAGUAACAAGACUCCAUGUAUCUUUACUGUUAUCACAUUCACUAUGGUUUUGGUGACUUGGCUUCGAAUUGCUCGAUUCCGUCCCAUGGUUUGCGGAAGUAUUACUCCAACACCUCAUCGUUGGUGCGAAGGUGUUCCGCGGACCCGAGUAAGGUAAAUUGCGUGGGCCAUCGCCAAUCUUGACUGUU